UAUUUCGGUAUAUUUUUGAGAGUCAGACCGUAUUUCAUAAGUGCGCGGUCACACCAUCGCCAUCUUUCUUUUUCGAUCCGCACGCACCGAGGGACAAGAUCGCGUCAAGAUGCAGCUUUUCGUACGUGGAUUUGAAACUAUUGAGGCUUUGGAGGUGUCCCAGGAUGCCACCAUCGCUGGAGUCAAGAACCAGCUCGCCCAGCUGCAUGGCUUCAACGCCGAGGAGGUGAGCCUCAACUGCGAGGGCACCACCCUGGCCAACGAGACGCCCGUGACCGCGCUCAGCUCCUUCGAGCUGGACAUCAACAUUCCCAUGCUUGGUGGUAAGGUGCACGGCUCUCUGGCUCGUGCCGGUAAGGUCAAGGGACAGACCCCCAAGGUGGAGAAGCAGGAGAAGAAGAAGAAGAAGACCGGCCGCGCCAAGCGCAGGAUCCAGUACAAUCGCCGCUUCGUGAACUUUGUCCAGGGCUUCGGCCGUCGUCGUGGCCCCAACGCCAACUCCACGUAAAGUGUGAACCGUGUCUCUGGGAUGAUGAACAAGUCGCUAUCUUUUAAUGCAUAAUGAUGUUCAUAAAGUAAUUUUCAAAAAUUAAACAAACUAUUUUACAAA